AAUCUGCUUAAAACGGAACACAAAAGUUGUCGACGGUCAACGUGAACGAGUACACUAUUUCAUCAUUUAUUUCAAUAUUACUGAAAAUUUAUAAUAAACAGUAUAAAAACACACAACUAAGAUGCCACUGUCGUGUAGAUUUUACCAAGAGAAGUAUCCUGAAGUGGAGGAUGUGGUGAUGGUGAACGUGAGGUCCAUCGCGGAGAUGGGCGCGUACGUCCAUCUGCUGGAGUAUAACAAUAUUGAGGGCAUGAUAUUGCUCUCGGAAUUGUCCAGAAGACGUAUCAGGUCGAUCAACAAAUUGAUCAGAGUCGGCAAGACCGAGCCUGUAGUCGUCAUCAGAGUGGACAAAGAGAAAGGUUACAUAGAUUUGUCAAAACGGCGAGUAUCAGCAGAAGAUAUUGACAAAUGCACGGAGAGGUACGCCAAAGCUAAGGCAGUUAACUCCAUCCUGCGGCAUGUAGCAGAGCUCCUGCACUACGAGAGCUCAGACCAGCUCGAGGAAUUGUACAAGAAGACUGCAUGGCUCUUCGAAGAGAAGUACAAGAAGAAAGCCUCUGCCUAUGACUUCUUCAAACAGGCUGCAGUAGACCCAUCAGUACUAAACGAAUGUGGGUUGGACGAGCAAACCAAGGAAGUCCUGCUAGCGAACAUCAAGCGGAAGUUGACAUCGCAGGCGGUGAAGAUCCGCGCCGACAUCGAGUGCGCCUGCUACGGCUAUGAGGGCAUCGACGCGGUGCGCGCCGCGCUCAAGUCUGGCCUCGCACUGUCCACCGUGGAUAUGCCAAUCAAGAUUAACCUCAUUGCCCCCCCACUAUAUGUAAUGACGACAUCCACACCUGAGAAGACGGACGGUCUGAAGGCUCUACAGGACGCCAUCGACAAGAUCAAGGAGACCAUCACCGAAGCUGGAGGCGUCUUCAACGUGCAGAUGGCGCCUAAAGUGGUGACGGCGACAGAUGAAGCUGAGCUGGCGAGACAGAUGGAGCGCGCGGAAGCUGAGAACGCGGAGGUGGCCGGGGACUCCGCGGAGGAAGACGAGGACCAAGGUAUGGGAGACGCGAAUGUCGACUCGCCCCAACAGAACGGCGCCUCCGACGAAGAAGAAGACUAGGGACUACGCCCCGUACACUAUAUUGUACCAUUCUCAAACCCAUUCCAAUAAAAAUGACCUAAAGUGUAAACUAAAACUACCCGCAGGAGAAGUAAUCCUAGCGGGUUUAUUACACCUACAUGUCGGACAGGCUAGAAGCGUCAAGGUCAAAGGUGGUUAUCAUGGUUACUCCCCACCAACUCGCUCGAGAUCGUGGUUACCAUGGUUACUCCCCACCAACUCGCUCGAGAUCGUGGUUACCAUCGUUACUCCCCACCAACUCGCAUGAGAUCGUGGUUACCAUGGUUACUCCCCGCCAACUCGCUCGAGAUCGUGGUUACCAUGGUUACUCCCCGCCAACUCGUUCGAAAUCGUGGUUACCAUGGUUACUCCCCACCAACUCGCUCGAGAUCGUGGUUACCAUGGUUACUCCCCGCCAACUCGUUCGAGAUCGUGGUUACCAUGGUUAUUCCCCGCCAACUCGCUCGAGAUCGUGGUUACCUACCAUGGUUACGCUCCGCCGAUCUGCUAUUAGACUACACGAUCUAAGCGGCAAACGGGAGUAUGUAGGGAGUAACCAUGGUAACCACCCGUGACCUUAACGCAUGUAGCCUGUCGGACGGGUAGAUGUAAUAAACCCAUAAAUUAAAAGAAUUUAAAAUUAUAUUAUUAUCUGUAUGUAGUUUUAAGGGCGUUUUUAUUGCAAUGUAUUAUAACAUCUAUGUUAGCGUCAACCUACAUAAUAUACACUGUUUUAUACAUAA